CCUUGAUGGUUCUGUUAAUGCUUUUGCCAUUCAGCUGCCUUUUUCAGUUGAUGAUCAGUUUCCAUACUUGUGCCUCGAAACCCAUUGAUCUCACAAAAGGGUUCAUCUCCCUCCCGCUUAAUCGAUCAAAUUUAGUCGUACAAAAACCCUACGACGUACCUGAAAAUCAUCGAUACAGUUUCACCAAUGGAGUUCACAAACUGUGGGUAUAUUCUACAGACAAGCCUCACUCUCCUGCCAGCAAAACGAAUCCCCGCACUGAGAUCCGCGUACAAGGGUAUGAUUAUUCUUCUGGUGUUUGGCAAUUCGAAGCAUAUGGGUACGUGCCAUGUGGUACAUCCGGCGUCUGCGUCAUGCAAGUGUUUGGAUCAAGCCCUCCCCAUGCCACAACCCUAAUGCUUAGAGUAUAUAAUGAUUCGCUCUCUUACUAUAGGGCUCCGGUCCUCGUCCCCAAGAUUUACGACACAUGGUUUCGGCUAAACGUAAUCCAUGACGUUGAAGCCUCGAAUGUAAAGGUGUAUAUAGAUGGAAUUCUCAAGUACGAGGCAAGUGGCCGUGGGGGGAAAUCUCAUUACUUCAAAUGUGGAGUCUAUGCACAGAAUGAUGAUUCUUUCUAUAUGGAGUCCCGUUGGAAGGGAAUCAAAGUUCUUAAAAAAUGA